GCUGAGCCCCUAAGGAAUGCUGGUAGAAAUGUUCUCAGUUUCAGUGCAGAGAGCAAACUGGCUAAGCUCAGCUUAACUGCACGAGACUUCAUUGUUAUUGUCACUGACACACACACUGCACAAAGGAAUUGCAAUAGUUCAAGCAAGGGAAGCCAAGUCUGAAUGUGGGGAUGGACUUUAUUACACAGUAGCUUGGAGAGGGAAAUAAUGCACGAGUAAAAACCUUUCAUGCAAAUUCAGCACAAGGGCGAAAACCUGGGACUUAAAGCAUCUGGAUGAGAUUUGGGAGGUUUUUGCUGGCCCUAAGCAAAAUCCUCAGGAACGUAGUACUGCACAGCAACCACUUGUAGGAUCCUAAGGAGAGAAGAGAGAAAGGCACUGACUGGAUUGUUGUAUGAAUAGUUUAGGGCGACCACCGAAGAAGAGACACAAUUGUGAGUGUCCACUGAUGGCUCCCCGUGGCUCCCACUCUGCACACUGAGCAAUGGCUUUGAGAUUAUGCCUGAGGAUACGCCUGAAGAGAAGGCCUGUAUUGGGGAUCUGCUUCUUGUUCACCUUAGCUCUACUGUUAAAUAAUAAUUCUUCCAUAUUCCCAGCUGAAGGCAAUGUUAAGCAGAAUAUUGAACACAGGAAAGUUGUACGGCAGAAACGGCAAUGGGAUGACACUAAGAUCAAACUGCUUAGUCUGCUUCAAAACUCUGACCACAGAAGUUGGGAUUCUGAUGUUCCAAGUUACAGACAAGAACUGCAGCCCUUCAUUAAGUUCAGCCAUGAUUGCAAAGAGAAGAGAAGUUUAGGUCACAUUGGUGACCAACCACACUGGAAAAGUAAUCCUCAUGUUACCAAAGAGAAGGGCGAAGUGACUAGGCAACUUUUACAUGGUUUGGAUAUACCCACAGAUAUUAAGCCUAAGAACAUUAUUUUAGUCACCCAAAGAAAUAAAAUUGAACAACAAUUCCCUAAUUUGACUGUAUAUGCUGUCCAGAUGUUUGAUGAUAUGAAGCCAAAAGAUGCCAUUCCCCCCAAACCCUCUAUAAUCAGAAAGAAUCCACCGCAAAAUGGUCUUGGUAAAGUACAAUCAGUGGUCACAGGCUACUCUGCACAAACACGUGAUAGUGUUCCAUUGAAUAGGACAACAGUCAUUGCAAGACCAAACAAAAAAGUCUCUGUUUUGAAAGGGAACAAUGACAGUGGCAGUUUGAGCUACUCCCAGAAUUUUUUAAGGAAUAAUAAAAAAAGGUUUGAUUUACAUUGCUUAAAAUUUCAACCAAUAGAAAACCAAGAAUACCAAGGCAAGACAAGUUUAGGAUUAAAUGAAGAAGCACUGCCAUGGUUUACAUCAGAUGAUCUGAAAAAAAUGAGGCUAUUGUCAGAGGGUGAGAUUAUUGCAAAAUCUCGAAUUCCUGCACAUGGACAAGUUUUGCAGGUGGGUUUAUGUCCAAACCCUCUUGUUGGGAAUUGUCACCAAAAGAAGAUUUGUUCAAAAGGACUGUGUGGAUUAAUAAAGCGCCCUACUGAUUUAUAUGAAGUUCUGGCUUUUCACCUUGACAGGAUUUUAGGGUUAAAUAGGAGCAUGCCAGCAGUGGCCCGCAAGUUUACAAGCAACUUACUACCUUACAAGUACACCAAUGGUGCCGCAAGGCCAAUCGUAUGGUGGGCUCCAGAUAUUAAGCACUUAAAUGACACGAACAAUGACCAAAACUCUCAUGCACUGGAUUGGAUACAAUACCAGCAGAUGCUGAAGCACAGGUGUGGCAUGAGGGACUCUUCAGCGAAUAUUAAUAGACCUCCUUGUCUGGGAAUCAAACAUACAGAGUGGGCCAAACUGGCUAUUUUCGAUUUUCUCCUGCAGGUCCAGGAUCGACUAGACCGAUACUGCUGUGGCUUUAACCCCGACCCAUCGGAGCCAUGUGUGGAGGAACUGUUACAUGACAAAUGCCGUAAUGCAAAAGGACUUGUUUUAGUGCAUAUCUUGGUGCGUCAGAGUAACCCGUCACGCUUAGUUUACAUUGACAACGCAGGACGACCCCAUCACCCUGACGACAACCUUAACUUUAGGCUUCUGCAAGGGAUAGAUGUGUUUCCUAGUUCAGCCGUGCAAGUGCUGGAAUCGGGCUGUUUACAGAACAUGCUGCUAAAGUCACUGCAGUUUGACCAUGUGUUUUGGGAAAGCCAAGGGGGCUUGGAUGGCCUGAAGAAAUUAACUGAAACCAUUAAUCGAAGAGGAAAGAUCCUGCUGAAGUACAUAGAAGAGCACAAGUUAACUCUUUUCCCCCAGUAACUGUUACUUUUCUGCAAGAUGACAGGAUGGAAUCAGUUAAAUGAAAAACAAUGCAGAAAGAGGCAUUUUGCUUCUAAUAAUAUUACCAAUAGUUUCCAUGAAUAUGAAUAGAAUAUGGCAGGAUGCCGAGGCACAAAUGGAACUCUAGAGGCAGAGAGAAGUACAGGUUUGUUUUAAGACCUGCAAAUCCCAUGCUUUCUGUCAUUCAUUCUUUAACUGCAGCACUGAUUAUAUAUGUAUUCUCUUCUCACUGCUCAUUUGGAUAUACUUUUUUUUUAAACACAAGGGAAAUCUUUUUUGUGAUAACAAGCAUGACAUAGAGCUUUCUUUUGUUCUCACAACAGCAAACCUUCUGGGUGUUAAUGCUACUACAGAUCUGUGUGGUACCAAUGCAAUCUUUAUAGAUUUAUUUUGUAUUUCCAGCGGACCAGACUUUUUCAUUUGUGGCGUGACAGGUUCUUAUAUAGGCACAUUCUAGGGGCACGUUUAUCAAGGGUUGAAUUUAGAAUUCAUGUGAGUUUUUUUUUAAACAAACUUUAUUAAAGAAAAAAAAUCAAAUAUCUAAAACUCGGACUAAUUUUAGCGACCUGAAAACUCAAAUCAAAUUAGAUUAGAAUUCAACCAAAUUAUUGAGGUUUUUCUCCGAAAAAAACUUGAAUCAGGAAGGCUACAAGCAUCUCCAAAAUGCUCAGUGGACCUCUCCCAUUGACUUAUAGAGUAAUUUGGCAGGUUUUAGGUGGUGAAUAGUGAAAUUCGAAUGCUUAAAGGCUCGAAAAUCGAUUUAGAUUUUUUUAAAAACUCGAAUUGCGUUUGGAUCAUUCCCUAGUCGAAUUUGACAGUUUUGACCAUAAAAAUUUAGAAAAUUCAGAUUUUCAAUUUGACCCUUAAUAAAUCUGCCCCCUAAAUGUAAACGGCAACUUUCAUGAUGUAGGACAAUGGGAGUUGUAGUUCAUAUAUGUUUGGUUAAACAUAUAUAUAGUUAACAUAUACUUUUAAUCUCAAAUCCAAAGUAAAACCUGAACAAAAAUGACCCUGACCCUUUACAAUAUUGCACAGAGCUGUUCUGAUAUAUACUGUAGCAAAUUACAAGUACAUUAGAGGACAUUAUAGACAAAUGGCAGGGGACCUUUUUACCCAUAAAGUGGAUCACCGUACCAGAGGCCACCCCUUUAGACUAGAAGAAAAGAA